UAAUUUAUUUAUAAAAAAUGAAGUAAAAAAUUAUUUUAUAUUUUUUCAAUUUAAAUUCCAAGUAUUUGAUCUAGUUAGGUUGUCCUAGCACGUACAAAAUGCAAUACCUUGUAAUUUUGAUAGCCGGAGGAUAUUUAUUCAGGAAAUAACCGAUAAUUGCAUAAGUUUUUACGCCUCUUAAGGGAAUUCCGAACAAGUUAAAAUAAUGAUUGCUCUAAUAGUACCCUACUCAAGACAAAAAUAAGUUUAUAAAAACGAGUGAAUUGAACGAUAUAGAAGCAGUAUCUUUUUCAACACUCUUCUGAAAAUUCAAAAAUAGGAUACUCGAGAUAUAGUGAGUGAAAUUAAAAAAAAAAAAGAAUAAAUUUUUAUUAACUUUAAAAAAAAUAUCUCAUCAAUAAAUCAAGAAAAAUGAGACGAUUGGUUUUAAGCCUGGUAUGGCUAGCAUUGGUUGAAUCAAUAACAGUUAAAGUGCCUGAAAAAAAUCAAGCAAUGCCUGAAACAACAAAAGUUAAAAGAUAUUUAAAUCAUGGUAUUAUACCAACAACACCACCAUGUCCAACACCAUAUUAUCAACAUUAUGAUAUGCCAAAAUUACCAACACCAUAUUUACCACCAGUUUAUGGACCACCAAAGCCCGUGUAUGGACCACCAAAGCCAGUAUAUGGACCACCAGCACAAAGUCCACUUAAACAAUAUAUUUAUCAAUCAUCAAAUGAAUAUAUUCCAAAGCCAUCAUUAGAAUGGAUGAAGCCUCAAGUAACAAUACCUGUCUAUAAUCAACAACAAUAUAAACAUGAAACAAUUCAAGUACAACCAAUGAUUAAAGAACAAAAUAAUUAUUGGCAAAUGCCACAAACACAACAUGCAUAUGCACCAAAUUAUCAUGUACCAAUGUAUUUACCAACACAAAAGGAUUGGAUUAAACCACUUAACUAUCAUUCUGCUCAAGCAAAUAAUUUUAAUAAUCCUGGAAUUAUUUAUAAGGAUGAUCAUCCAAAAGAUUGCAAGCCAUGUACAAAUAAUCAAAUAUCAUAUCAAUCAAUACAUCAACGUAUAUCAUCACCUCAAAUAAUUCAUGUACAACCAACUUAUGCCAAGCCAAUUAUUCAUCAAGCUCCAAUUCGUCCAAAUUUACAUUAUUUACCAACUGCACCAAUUGUCAAACAUCAUGAACAUAUUGAACCAUGCGACAAGUAAUUGUUAUUUAUUUAUUUUUUUUUCAUUUUGUAUUAUCAUCUUAUUUGUACACGGUAUAUAAUCUUGUUUUUUUAUUUUAUUUAAUAAAAUAAUUAUCCUGUGAAUUGUAAAAUGUUGUUUG